AUGUCAGCUACUUCCACAUCAACUAAAACCACUACAUCCUUUGAAAAUGAUCCAAUAUCUUUAAAGGCUCAGUCAAUAGAUCUAUCAGCUUUUAAGCAUGAUACCAUAACUUAUCAUCCAAAAGAUAAAUCAUAUUGGUUUUACGAAAAAUCUAAAGAAUCAUUUCCUGGUCAAGCAUUUGGUUUAGAAAUAUCAGAGGUUUUAUAUCAUACUAAAACAGAAUAUCAAGAUAUUUUAAUUUUUAAAUCCAAAUUUUUUGGUAAUGUUUUGAUACUUAAUGGUAUUAUUCAAUGUACAGAAAAAGAUGAAUUUGCUUAUCAAGAAUUAAUUACUCAUGUACCAAUAAUGUCACAUCCAAAUCCUAAAAAAGUUUUAGUAAUAGGUGGAGGGGAUUGUGGAGUCAUUAGAGAAUUAAUUAAACAUGUUGAAGAUGGAACAGUUGAAUCAAUAACAAUGGUUGAAAUUGAUGAUAUGGUUAUAAAAUUACUGACAAAAUAUUUACCAGAAAUGGCAAAGUAUCAUAAUCAUCCCAAUUUGAAAUUAAUAAUUGAUGACGGAUUCAAAUUCUUGAGAGAAACCAAAGAAAAAUUCGAUAUUAUUAUAACAGAUUCAUCAGAUCCAGAAGGUCCAGCAGAAGAAUUUUUUCAAAUUAAUUAUUUCAAAUUAUUGAAAAAUUCAUUAAAUUCUGGAGGUAUAGUAAUAAUGCAAUCAUCUGAAAAUAUUUGGCUUAAUUUGAAGUAUUUGAAAAAUUUAAUUAAAAAAUCUAAAAUGGUAUUCAAAAAUGUCAACUAUUGUCAAUGUUAUAUGCCAAGUUAUACUUCUGGUCAAUUAGGUUUAUUGAUUGCAACAAUGGAUGAAACAUUGAAUUUGACGAAGCCUUUGAAAACGUUUAGUAGGGAAAAAGAAAGUAGAUUGUUUAGAUAUUACAAUCAAUUUAUUCAUUCGAGUUCUUUUAUCUUACCUACUUGGGCUCAAAAUUAUUUAGAUAGUUGUGAUGAAAGUUAA